CUCUCUCUCUCUCUCUCUCUUUUAUUCUCUUUUAUUACAUCGGCUAAUCUUAUCAAUUUAACGUCGCCAUAUUUAAUUUAUUGAGAGAGAGAGAGAAAUAAAUUUCGUAGAGAAAUUUUAUAAGGGUUGGGGUGGGGGCGGUGGGGGUUAAAAAAGAGAAAAGAGUGUAUUAAAAAAGAAAAAGAAAAAAAAGAAAAAAAAGAAACAACGGAGAGAAAGAAAAAAUAAAUUCGAGGAUGCUGCCAAAGAAGGAGUCCCAACAACAACAACAACAUCAUCAACAACAGCAACAACAGCAACAACAACUACAACUACAACAACAACAACAAAAGCAACAACGACAACAGGUAGAGCCUUAUGCUCUCGAAGACAUGAUAUCGGAUUUACAAGCUAGAAGAAGAAGUUCCCUCGAUCACGAGGAGACCCUACAAGAUCCAAGCGAACUUCUGAGGCAACGUGAAAGGGAUCUUGUUCUUGCCGCUGAACUUGGCAAGGCCUUGCUCGAAAGGAAUCAAGAAUUAACAAGGCAAAGCGAGUUAUUGGCCGACGAAUAUGCCGCGAAACUGGAGGUGAGUCGGAUUAGUCUGGAACAGGAGAGGCAUUUGUUACGUAGGAGAUUGGAGGAAACUAAAGGCGAAAGUGAAGCUAGAGUUAUCGAGCUUCAAACGGAUUUAGAAACAUUGAGAACUCAGUUGGAGGAACAAAAUGAACGUUCAAGAAGGGCCGAACGUGAUCAGGCAACAUUGGUUACGGAAUUGACGGCACAAAACGCAAGAUUGGCCGAUCAACUUAGGGAAGCCGCAAAACAGGAGGAACAAUUGUUCCUUGAGGUUAAAUUGUUACGUGAAAAGUGCGCUCACAGGAGUAAUACAUUACAGGAUCAUGUCAGCAGUUUGGAGAUUUUGCGGGAUGAGGUACAAUUGGUAUCCGCUCAGAGGACGGAAUUAGAGAGGAGAUCCUUGGAAUUACGCGAGGAGAGAGCCAGGGCGGUCGCGGCUCUCGAGGAAGCUGAGGAGAGAGCCGCGGCCUUGGAACGGCUUGGACAUGAGACUGAACAUCGAGCUAGACUGGCGGAACAAGAGAGGGACGAGUUGGCAGCGGCCUUAGCGGCGAUCGAAGUCGAGAGAAGAGGUAGAUCCGGAUCUAUUCAAAAACCACCAAGGUCACUUCAAGUUGAGAUGGAGUGCGAAGAGAGCGGAAGUUCAUUGGGUGAACAGGAAGAUCUAAGAUCGGAAGUUACCAGAGCGAUUAAACGGUUGAAGGAACUUUGCGUUCAUUUGCGUAGGGGAGAGGAUGAUUCAGGUUUACAAAGCGACUGCGACGAGUCCAUGCUUGUCAUUGCUAACAAUACAGAAGCUGAAGUCAAUUAUCCAGGAGCAUUGAUGGAAUUGGUCGAAGAAGUUUAUAAUUUGGCAUUAUCGGGUCGUGGUGCCCCAGGUGAAUUAGGAUUGGCUGUUGAAUUACAUCGCGUAAGGGAGGAAUUGGAUCAGACGAAGGAACAAUUGAAACAAACACAAGACGAAUUGAAACGCCGUGGUGAGACAUUGUUGGAUACAACGAGUAAGCUCAGUGUAUGCGAGGCCGAAUUGAGAGGAGUUAAAGAGGAACGUGACAGAGCUAGAAAUGACAUGGAACAUACGCAAUUAACGAAGGACGAAAUAUUGGCACAAGCAUAUCAAGUUAGAGAUCAAGCCGUAGCAAGGAAGAACAGAGCUGAGGUUGAAUUGGCAAGAACAAGGAUAGACGUUUUACAAGCUAACAGCCAAUUGAUGGAGGCAAUACAACAAAAGGUUGAACUUAGUCAACAGCUUGAACAAUGGCAAAUAGAUGUACAGGUUUUGUUGGAUGAACAAGUACGUAGUAAACUAACGCCAACCUCUAAUACCAAUUCAAUUGCUACAAUUAACAAGGAAUCAUCGGAGGUUGUUGCACCUGCUAGAAAAAAGAGAAGUAAUAGCUCGUCAAAAAAAAUGUUUGGGCUAUUUUGACGAAGGUGAAAUUGAUUAAUUGAAUAAAUUCUAUUUUGUCCUUAUUCAUUUCUAAUACUCUCAGCUAUAUCCUCCAAGCGAUAUAUCAAUUUUUUUAAAAUGAAAAAUUCGCACGACAAUCGAAUAUCAACGAAGAACCAUUCUAUCGUUUAUUCCUUACAAACUAUUUAUUGGACGAUUGAUUUUUAUUGAGAUUUUAGGAUUUGGAAGAAAAAAAAAGAAAAAGAAGAAGAAGAAGAAGAAAAAUAUUUGGAACGUUUGGAAGUAAAAA